UCCUGAACAUCCUCUUUGGUCUGAUAUACCAGACCCUCACCUCUCGGUCGGCUGUGCCAGAUAGGCGUCGAGUGCGACCCUCAAGCCUCAUCUCCGCUUACCCGUCCCCACUAUACCGUCGGAAUGGCCAGUGUCCUCUCCAUAUCGUUACUCUCCGAGGCCGAGUUUGGCUGCGAGCAUCUUGGCGCGCUGCUGAAGCAGGAUGGGGGCACUGCGGAGCAGUUCAAGAGUGCUUUCAUCAAGACCCAUAACGCCCUGGGGGCCUUCCCGAAAUCCACGGAAACCGCGAAGAAUGGUCGCCUCAGGGCUAAGGGCUUCUUGAAGCCUAAAUACACCUGCCUGACAUGUUCCGAGACAAUGGCACUGGGAGAUCGGAAAGCUCAUUCCGAGAAGACGGACCAUCAGUUCUUCAUGGACUCCAGAGCCCGAACGCUGUACUGUCACUUGUGUGAUGAUUUUGUCUACGACCAUCACCUAGAACGAUUGCGGUGUUCGACGGCGGAAAGUGCGCUGGAAGUUGCCAAGAAACGUCGCUUUAGCGAUAGCUCCGCCGACGAGCUUUAUAUACGAAGCAAUGCCACCAAACGUCCUUGUGCGAAACAAGGUGUUAGGGGCUUGUUCAACCUGGGGCAAACAUGCUAUCUCAAUGUCAUUCUCCAGACACUUCUACAUGACCCUAUACUCAACACAUACUUCCUUGGGAGCGGCCAUCAGCCUCAUGACUGCACUGCCCCCGACUGUAUAGGGUGCGCCGUUGCGGAGGCUUUUGCCGACUUCAAUAGCAGCGACAGGCCGGAAGGGUUCGCGGCCUUGAACCUCCUUCUAGCUUCAUGGCGCUCAAGUCCUGCCUUGGCGGGCUACCAACAACAAGAUGCCCAUGAAUAUUACCAAUUUCUCGUCGACAAGCUCCACAGUAGCGCCGAGGGGCACCGGGAGGGCCAUGAGAAAGGUUGCCCCUGUUUCUUCCAUAAAACCUUUUACGGCAAGCUUCGCAGCAGCGUGACCUGCGACAAGUGCGGCAAUGUCACGCGAACGGAUGACCCGAUGGUAGACCUCAGUCUCGACGUUCAGGUGCAGGCGAAAAAGCGAGCCAUGGGCGGCAUCGGGGCCUCGUCGACGCCCACCCUCCGCGGGUGCUUGGAGAGUUUCACAUCACCGGAGAAGUUGAUGGCGGGAGUGUACAGCUGCAGUCACUGCGGAGGGGCGGCUCAGAAGGCGACCAAGCAGCUGCGCAUCCGCAAACUGCCUGCUAUUCUAUGUAUGCAGUUGAAGCGUUUCGAACACACAUUUUCCGUCUCUGAGAAACUGGAAGGCAAAAUCGACUUUCCGCUUUCGAUCAACAUGCUGCCUUACACGACUCGUCCCCAUGCCAAAGUCGACAGAACCAGGUUCAUGUAUGACCUCUCAUCUGCCGUGGUCCACAAGGGCAAAUUAGACGCGGGGCAUUACUAUGUGUAUUGCCGCCAGGGCGACGAGUGGGUACUCUUCAACGACGACCAGGUCACGCCGGUCACCGAGGCAGACGUCCUCAACGCCGACGCUUACCUUCUGUUCUACAAUCUUCGAUCUCUCGCUUCUGCGCCGCAGUAGAAACGGUGCAGAUCCAACUAUUGUUUAUCAACCAUUCCAUCCAUCGGGCGGCUUUCCUCGCAUUAUUUUAUUUCAGCGACCCGGAGUUUCGUCAGGAGUUCAGUCAUUGACCUGAUUUUGAUUUUUCGCAUACCCAUCUGGAGUGGUUAACUCGGAGA